AUGAACAAGGACGGGAUGCCAACUAUGUCAAGUACUAUUCUACAUCCUUUAUCAUCAUCUCCAGAACCAUUAAAAAUAGUCCUAGACACAACUUUCACUUCUUCCGAUAAUAUUUUUCUUUAUCAUAAAACUAUUAAUAGGAAAAUCUAUGAUGAUGCUCGUCGACGUACACACUUAGAUUUGAUUCCGGGUUCAACUAGCAAAGAUGAUAUAUUUGACGUGUUGUUAUAUAAUGAAAGAAAUGAAAUUACAGAAUGUUCUAUUUCCAAUAUUGCCGUAGAAUUUUUUGAUAAUAAUAAACCAUUUUGGAAAACUCCGGAAAUCAGAUGUGCAGGAUUACUAUCUGGUGUAAUGAGAUCGUACCUUAUCGAAAUUGGCGACGUUACUCCUGGUGAAGGAAGAAAAAUCAAAUGUUUUAAUUCAGUUAGAAAGGAAUAUCAAGUGGUUUUGGUUGAUAAAACGAUGCCACAAAUUGUUCGUGCACCUCAUAUUA